AUGGCUGUGAAUACCCGGGCCAAGUGGGCUUUGCUGAAUCCUGCCCAGAGGUGCCUGUACAGAGACGUGAUGCUGGAGGCCUGCAGGCACCUGGCCUUCGUGGAGGGUUUCUCUACCGGAAAAGACAGUGGUCAUCUUCGGCAUGUCUUGGAGAAUAAGUUGUUCAGUGAAGACAGCACUGUGGGGUUCAUGAGCAAUGAUCCCUGCAGUCGUUUAGGAGAGACGCCGAUGUUCCCUGAUGCUGGUGACCAGCACCAAACCCAGAAGCAGCAACAGAAAAACCUCUUGCCAAAGAGUCUUGGUAAUGGUCAGGAACCUCCCGCGCAUGCCAGAGGAACUGCAAGGAGGAUUCGAAGCCUUUCUGCACGCCAGAGUCCUGCUGCUGCUUUUUCUGCGGAGUGUUCUUCCCCCCAGCACCUCCCAACACUUUCCCACGGUUCUCGCUCACAGCUGAGUAAGCACAGCCAGACCCACACCGGGGAGAGGCCGUAUGAAUGUGAGCAGUGUGGGAAACGUUUCAGGACUCCCACGGACCUGCGUAAGCACAUUCAGACCCACACAGAGGAGAGGCCAUAUGACUGCGAGCAGUGUGGGAAAAGCUUUAGGACUUGCUCAGACAUGCAUAAGCACAGCCAGAUCCACACUGGGGAGAGGCCUCCAGACACCCUCCAGGGCCACCUGGUGACGCACACGACCCAGAGUCCCUUCCAGUGUCCUAAGUGCGACAAGGCCUACCGAUGGCGCUCCUCCUUCGCACAUCACCUACAGGCGCACAAGACGAACCAGCCUCUCAUCUGUGGGGAGUGUGGCAGUGUCUUCAGCAACCCCCUGCACCUCCGGCAGCAUGUCAGGAGGCAUAUCGAGAGGCAACCAUUUGUGUGCCACUGCGGGCAGGAGUUUACCCGGGUUGAAGCCCUGCAUACCCAUGUCCGCCGAAUGCACAGUGGAGAGAAGCACUGA